UGAGAAAUUCCCUUUUGACCUUUCUUUCUCUCUCUAAGAAAAUGGAAACCCCUCUUGAAGAUGGAGAAGUACGUUUCAUGGUGGAGGAUCUUCUCGACUUUACUUUGGACGCCGGCGAGGUUCACGAUGAAAUCGAACAAGGAAAAACCCAGAAAGCUUUUCUUUCUUCAAACCCUAAUAGCCAUGACCAAGAUGACCAGUUUCUCUCUCUACCUGAUUGUAUUGUGGAGGAAGAACUUGAAUGGAUUUUGAACAAGGAUGCAUUCCCAUCUGUGGAUACUUUGUUUUUCGACAUCCCUACCGACAAUCAAAGUCCGGUUUCUGUACUCGAGAACAACGAUAAAACCAGCAGCACCAACAGCAAAAUUAAAGUUACUAGUUGGUGUUUAGAUGGUUCUGUUCCAAUUCGUUAUCCCGUGAAGGCUCGAAGCAAGAGCGUGAGAAAACGUAGGCGUGGCUUUCCCGAACUCUGUUAUCAGCAACGACAACAACCGAUAAGGGCACAACAACCCCGUGUUGGUGGUGGUGGUGGUGGGGUGGCGAGUAUAGGGCGGAGGUGCCAGCAUUGCGGGUCGGAGAAAACCCCACAGUGGAGGGCAGGGCCCAUGGGAGCGAAAACGUUGUGUAAUGCUUGUGGGGUGAGGUAUAAGUCGGGGAGGCUGGUACCCGAGUAUCGGCCAGCUAGCAGCCCGACUUAUUCGGCUUUAUUGCAUUCCAAUUCUCAUAGGAAGAUAGUGGAAAUGAGAAGGCAAAAGCAAGUUGAUGGAGAGUGGUAGUGGAAUAAUAUUCAUAGGGAGGGUUGUUUAGGUUAAUUAGUUUUUUUUUUCAUUAUAAAUUUGAUAAUUAGAUUAGAGUUUGGUUUAAUUUAUUGUACUUUGGUUAGAUUUUAGUCAAGUAAUGGAGGAUUUUCAUGAGUCCAUAGAAAGAUUUUAGUUGGAAUUUUGGAGAAAUCUAAUUGACAUCUUUUGGUCA